AUGGCCGGUGCGGGCGGCGGCGUGAGAAGGGCAACGCCUGGGGCUCGGGCGCUGCCCGGCGCAGGGCGAGCGGACGCGGGGCGGCGGCGGCCCCGGCCGGGGCUCCGCUUCCCGGCCGCGCCGGCGCUGCGGGGCGAGAACGCGGUCCGAACAAACGCACGGACCGUGGACGCAGGCAGAGUAACUGGUUGUUGGGAAGCUUCACGAUCCGCGGCUGAGGGUUGUUACAACACGUCUGAAGAGAUGCAGGAGCUGCGGAAGCAAUGGCACUCUGUGGUGCAGUCCAUCUGCAGCAACCCAAAUGUCGUUGAAUUUAUGAACUCUCGUGUUGGCCAAUAUUUAGAUGACCAUCCUUUCGUUGCCUUGUCACUCCUGAUGUUUAUUGCAGUGUCUGCUAUUCCUAUGGCAUUCUUCCUCAUUUUUAUUGUUAUAACAGCCAUAAUGGCCUGUGUUGGCGUGGUAGUCGUGGAAGGUGUUGUAAUAGCUGUAGGUGGCAUAGCCCUCUUCUGUGUGCUGUGUGGCCUGGGGGCACUUUCACUGGGAGCUUCUGGAGUCCUGAGCGUUGGUUACAUUGUUCUUUCAACUCUGGUCAACUACUGGUAUGCUUCAAGGGCACAGGUAAAGCAGCAAGAAGUUAAUGGAAGUUUGCCACAGAAGAGUCAUGUCUUGGGUCUUUCUGCCAAUAAUGGAAAGAGUGAAUAAGUGGGUUUUCCGCCCCACUUCCUUCAUAGGCACUUAAUUGUACUACUCCGACCUUUGCAAUGUAACUGUUCACUUGCUGAGCAUUCAGCCUUUGUACACUCCUUAUGGGGACUGGAAAAAACCAAGAUGCAUCUUAUAUUGUCACUGCAAAAGUAACACAAAACAAUUGAGCAGAAGUGCAUUGUGAUAUUCAGCCUGUGUGGAGGAUGGAACGUUCCACAGAAUUUGGUAAAGGGGUAUAGCAAUAACUGCUGCUAUUAAGUCAGUGACAAGUAGGUGACAGAAAGACUAGGCAGGUGUUUGAUUUCCCAUUUACUGGACUUCUGGGUGUAGUAUCUUCUGAAAGUUGUAAGCAGCAGUUGGUCAUUUUGAUGCAGGAGUAUCAAAGCUCAGAACACCAGCAGUGUGUUUUGAAUGUUAAAACUGAUUUUUAAGCCUUAACAGCCUUUGUUAAAAUAGUAUGAGCACACCUCACUAUUGCUUUUUAUUUAUUUUACCAAGAAAAUGGGGUUUUGUCACAAGUUAGGUCAUGGUACAAGUAUUUACAUACCUUUGGAUGUUGCAUUAUACUGAAGGGAUAUUUCCUUGUUCCCAUUGCUUUGCCAAUGGUGUGCAGGUAGGUUUUGCAUUUUGUCACAUUUGUUUAGGUAUUUAAGUUGCCUAUUUUGCUUCUCAGCUGUAACUUCUGGUAUGUGAUUUAAACUUGUGUUCAUUUUUGCAAAUGCUGUGAUGUUUUUAAGCAUUGAGUAUCUAACUAUAUUAGUUUAAUAAAGUGCUGUUUGUUUAACCA